AAAAAAGUUUGAAAUUAUAUUGCUUCACAGUGAGCUAAGCUCUCUCUCUCGCCCCCCUCUGUCAAUUUUUUAAUCCUCGUGAUUCCCUCUUCAUUUUACCCUUUCGGAUCUCAUCUCUUUCUUUCUCUCUCUUCGCCAGAGAGAGAAGAAGAAGCCGGCGACGAAAACAACACUCCACAACAAACAAUGGCGCUUUCUCUCUCUUUAUGAUCUCUUCUCCUCUUCUUUAACCCCUCAUUCGAAAGGGCAAUACAUCUAACGAUUGGCCGUAUGUUGCCCGAGGCUGCAAUGAUUAUCAGUUUGACGAGCAGUUAGAAGAAGAGGUUUGGUAUCUAUCAAAGAGAUAAAAAAACAUUAGGAGGUAUUAUAAGCAACAGUUAAAGGGCAAUUUCUAGAUUUUGGGAAUGAUAGUUGAAGAUUCACCUGCACUGAGCCGGGGUUCCAGGAUGAGCAGGUCCUCAUUUGGUUCAAGCAUUGGCCAUGCCACUCCAUUGCACAGUGUCCUUGCUAGUGUGAAUGGAGAUGGUUAUGAUAGCGAUGGUUCCAACUUUGCUCCACCCACCCCGAUGACACUAUCAAUGUCUAUGCCACCAGAGCUUGCAGAUGCCAUACCCUUAAUGGAUAGAUUCCAGGUUGAAGGAUUUUUGAGAGCCAUGCAGAAACAGAUUCAUUCUGCAGGAAAACGUGGAUUUUUCUCUAAGAAAGUUGUAGGUCCUCAAGUUCGUGAAAAAUAUACAGUGGAGGAUAUGCUAUGUUUCCAAAAGGACCCAAUUCCAACUUCAUUGCUUAAAAUGAACCAUGAUCUUGUAAGCCGCUCUGUCAAGUUGUUCCAGAUGGUAUUAAAAUACAUGGGGGUCGAUUCAUCUGAAAAAACAAUUCAAAUGGAUCUAGAUGAGCAAAUUGAGCUUGUUGGAAAGAUUUAUAAGCACACUCUUAAAAGGGCUGAGCUCCGGGAUGAACUUUUCAUGCAGUUAUCAAAGCAAACACGAAAUAAUCCUGAAAGGAGCUUCUUGAUAAAAGCAUGGGAGCUUAUGUAUUUAUGUGCAUCCUCCAUGCCUCCCAGCAAGGAUAUUGGAGCAUAUUUAUCGGAAUAUAUCCAUAAUAUAGCUCAUGGGGCAACUAUUAUCGCGGAAGUCCAGGUUCUAGCAUUGAAUACAUUGAAUGCUCUUAAACGUACGGUCAAGGCUGGACCCAGACUAACAAUUCCUGCACGUGAAGAGAUCGAGGCUCUUUUGACUGGUAAAAAGCUUACAACGAUAGUUUUCUUCCUGGAUGAGACUUUUGAAGAAAUUACUUAUGACAUGGCAACUACAGUUGCUGAUGCUGUGGAGGAGCUUGCUGAGAUCAUCAAGCUUUCAGUUUACUCAACUUUCAGUCUAUUUGAAUGCAGAAAAGUUGUCAGUGGCUCAAAAUCUGGUGAAAUGGGCAAUGAGGAAUUUAUUGGGUUAGAUGAUAAUAAGUAUAUCGGUGACCUGCUGGCUGAAUUCAAGGCAGCUAAAGACCGCAGUAAAGGAGAGAUAUUGCAAUGCAAACUUACAUUUAAAAAACGGUUAUUUCGAGAAUCUGAUGAAGCAGUAACGGAUCCAAUGUUUGUCCAGCUCUCAUAUGUGCAGUUACAACAUGAUUAUAUUUUGGGGAAUUAUCCUGUUGGUCGGGACGACGCUGCCCAACUGUCGGCUUUGCAAAUUUUGGUCGAGAUUGGAUUUAUUGAGCAUCCAGACUCAUGUGUUGAAUGGACAAUGCUUCUUGAAAGAUUUUUACCGAGGCAAAUUGCUUUAACUCGAGCAAAGCGGGACUGGGAGCUUGAGAUUAUCUCUAGGUUUCAUUUGAUGGAGCAUUUGUCGAAGGAUGACGCAAGGCAACAGUUUCUCCGAAUACUGAGAACACUUCCUUAUGGAAAUUCAGUAUUUUUCAGUGUUCGGAAGAUUGAUGAUCCGAUAGGUCUUUUACCAGGACGGAUUGUAUUAGGCAUCAACAAACGCGGGGUUCAUUUCUUCCGUCCUGUUCCCAAAGAAUACUUGCAUUCUGCAGAGCUAAGAGACAUCAUGCAGUUUGGCAGCAGCAAUACUGCUGUAUUUUUUAAGAUGAGAGUUGCUGGAGUGCUUCACAUUUUCCAAUUUGAAACUAAACAGGGGGAAGAAAUAUGUGUUGCACUACAAACACACAUAAAUGAUGUGAUGCUUCGUAGAUAUUCUAAAGCACGGUCUGCUUCUGGUGGAUCAAUUCAAGGUGAUCUUCCACAGAUAGUUAAGGCUCCAAAUGUCGAUGGUUAUGAAAAACGCGUGCAGGAGUUGUCGAGAGUUGUUGAAGAAUCUCAGAAAAAUGCAGAUCAAUUGCUGGAAGAAUUGCAUGCCAAAAAGAAACAGGAAAUAGAGAUGCAGGAGGAAUUGGAGGGGCUUAAAGAAUCUUUACAAUCUGAAAGACUGAAUUUGAGUGACACAAUUUCUGACAGGGAUAAACUAAAGAGACUAUGCCAGGAAAAGGAUUCUGCUUUGGAGGCUGCAAUAAUGGAUAAAAGAAGUGUUGAGUCAAAACUUGCAAAGUUGAGCCAAGAGCACAUGCUACUAGAGAGUAGUUCCAGGAAAGAGAAUCUGGUCGGAUCUGGUAAUCGGAAUGGAACUGAUGUUUUGGUUGUGGGGAGCGUAAGAAGUGGAUCAAAUAGUACGCAGGCACUCAGCAAGCUUCAAGAAGAAUUGAAGGCGUUUAGAAAUGACUUGCAUGCGUCGAAAGAAACUACUAAGACACUUCAAGAGGAUUUGAAGACAUGUAGAAAUGAGUUGGAUGCUUCAAAAGAAACUGCCAAGACACUAACGAAGGAAAAGUUCUUGCUUGAGCAAAAGAUUCAAAGACUUGAGAAAAAGAAAAAUGAUGAGAAGAGCAUUGUAGAGAAGAAUUUCGAGGAUGAGCGCAAAAUGCUAAAGCAGCGUAUUGCAGAAUUGGAGAAAAGAUUGGAAUGUGCUACACAAGCAUUAAGUGUUGCUGAAUCAACCCUUGCAGUGCGAGAUGAGGAACUUGAUGCAUUGCAAAUAAAUAUGAAAGAGUUAGAAGAAUUGCGAGAAAUGAAAGAGGAUAUUGAUAGGAAAAAUGAACAAACAGCUGCAAUUUUGAAAAGGCAAGCAACACAGUUGGUUGAAAUUGAAGCACUUUAUAAAGAGGAACAAGUUUUGCGGAAGAGAUACUAUAAUAUGGUUGAAGAUAUGAAAGGAAAAAUUAGAGUUUAUUGUCGUUUACGUCCAUUGAAUGAAAAGGAGAUUGUUGAAAGGGAGAAGAAUGUAGUUUCUAGUGUGGAUGAGUUUACUGUGGGACAUCCGUGGAAAGAUGACAAGUUAAAGCAGCAUACUUAUGAUCGAGUUUUUGAACAAACGGCUUCUCAAGAUGAAGUAUUUGAGGACACAAAGUAUUUAAUACAAUCAGCAAUAGAUGGGUACAAUGUAUGUAUAUUUGCGUAUGGACAAACUGGCUCUGGGAAGACUUUCACAAUUUAUGGUUCAGAAAAUAAUCCUGGUCUUACCCCAAAAGCAACUGCUGAAUUAUUCAAAGUGAUGAAGCGAGAUAAUAGCAAGUACUCAUUUGCUUUAAAGGCGUAUAUGGUAGAACUGUACCAAGAUAAUCUUGUGGAUCUCUUGCUACCAAAAAAUGCAAAACGCUUAAAGCUAGAAAUAAAAAAGGAUUCUAAGGGGAUGGUCUCAAUAGAGAAUGUGACUACUGUCCAAAUUUCAAGUUAUGAAGAAUUACGAGCUAUUAUCAUGAGAGGAUCAGAGCAGCGACAUAUUGCUGGUACCCAUAUGAAUGAAGAAAGCUCGAGAUCACACUUGAUUUUUUCAAUUAUCAUUGAAAGCACCAAUCUUCAAACUCAAUCUCUUGCCAAGGGAAAGCUUAGUUUUGUAGAUCUUGCUGGUUCGGAAAGGAUAAAAAAAUCAGGCUCUUCUGGCAAUCAGCUAAAAGAAGCACAAAGCAUUAACAAAUCACUUUCAGCCCUUGUAGAUGUGAUCAGUGCUUUGUCUUCUGAUGGACAACAUAUACCUUACCGAAAUCAUAAACUCACCAUGCUUAUGAGUGAUUCUCUCGGGGGCAAUGCAAAAACUUUAAUGUUUGUCAAUUUAUCUCCAGCAGAGUCAAAUUUGGACGAAACAUACAACUCUCUGAUGUAUGCAUCGAGGGUCCGUUGUAUUGUAAAUGAUCCCAGUAAAAACGUAUCCACUAAAGAAGUUGCGCGUCUAAAGAAAUUGGUAGCUUAUUGGAAAGAGCAAGCAGGGAAGAGAGCAGAUGAAGAAGAGUUAGAGGAGAUUCAGGAUGAGAGACCAACAAAAGAAAAUUCUAACGGCCGCCUUUCUGCAUGAUUACUUACUAUUUAGAGUUAACUCUAUUCAUAUGAGCUAAAGUUGUAUGCUAUGUAGGUGAAGAGAAAUGCUACGUUUUUGUUGGUAGCAGGUGGAUAUGGCUGGUUAAGGAGUUAAAUUGAAGGUGUGUUGUACAGGUAGAAGAGGUUAGAAAUUGUAUUUGUAGUAAUGAUCUUGUAUACAAACAUAAAAAUUUAGUUUAUAAUGGAAAAAAUGUGGUCGUUUAUUAGCUUCA